CCCUUUGGACCGGAGAAUAAAGAGGGUUUCAGCCUCGGCACAUAAAGUGUGCAAGGACAUUGCAAGGAGUGACAAUCUUUAGACUACACCGCAUUUCUUUGCAAACUCUAUUAAAAAUAAUAGAAUACUUUACAUUUGGGUUUACAAUGUGCUUAGAAGUUGGAUUUAAACAUUCUGUAACUAGACGUAUCCCGGGGGACGUGGCGUUGCGCCUCUAAAAUUUCUCGGCAUAUAUUGAAAAAUAGUGGCCUACUAUUCAUUUUUUGGGCAGUUGGAACGUGUCAUACCCUGCCAUUUGGACAGGCUCGAGGUAAAAGGCUUGGAACGUGAUGUUCCAUACUGCCGAAGUUCUAUUUUACAUCGAAAUGGACCAAGCACCACCAGCUCUCCCACCUAGGUCAAUGAAGCCAAUGUCCUCCACCAACUGCCCCAGAGGGCCACCAAUCUACCCCUUGGAGGAUGCUGAGUGGUACUGGGGUGACAUUACCAGAGAAGAGGUGAAUGAAAAGCUUCAUGACUUGCCUGAUGGAUCUUUCCUGGUGCGUGAUGCUUCAACAAAGGCACCGGGAGACUUCACGCUAACACUGAGAAAAGAUGGGCACAACAAGCUGAUCAGGAUCUACCACCGAGAGGGGAAGUAUGGCUUUUCAGACCCCCUCACCUUCAGCUCCGUGGUUGAGCUCAUCUGGCACUACCAGCACCAUCCUCUGGUGGAGUACAACGCCAUGCUCGACGUGACACUCACGCACCCACUGUCCCGCUUUCAACAGGAUCGUUUCAUUAGGGAGGACAGUGUGGAUGUUGCUGGAAGAAAGCUACAGGAAUACCAAAGUCAGUAUCAAGAAAAGUCCAAGGAAUUUGACCGUCUGUACGAGGCCUACACAAAGACCUCACAGGAGAUCCAGAUGAAGAGGACGGCGAUAGAGGCCUUCAAUGAAACAAUGAUGAUCUUCGAAGAGCAAUGCCGCGAGCAGGAGCGCUACGGAGAGGAGUUUGAGAGGGACAACCUACCUGAGGGAACCGAGAAGGACCUCGAGAGCUUCCUGAUUAACUAUGAGAAGCUGAAGUCUCGUCUGGGGGAGAUCUACGACAGUAAAGUCCAUCUGGAGCAGGAUCUGAGGACCCAGGUGCUAGACUACAGAGAGACAGACAGGAAGAUCAACAGCCUGAGGCCUGACCUCAUUCAGCUGCGCAACAUCAGGGACCAGUACCUCAACUGGUUGAAUCACAAGGGUGUGCGACAGAAAUGCAUUCACGAUUGGCUGGGCAUUCCAAACGACAGCAGUGAUGACACCUACGUGUUGAAAGGAGACGAGAAGCUGCCUCAUCAUGAUGAGACAAACUGGUUUGUGGGCGAACUAAGCAGGACCCAGGCUGAAGAGAUGCUACAAGAGAAACCUUCUGGAACGUUCCUGGUGCGCGAGAGCAGCAAGCAGGGCUGCUAUGCCUGCUCUGUUGUCGUGAACGAAGAAGUGAAGCACUGCAUGAUCUACAGCACGCCACAUGGCUUCGGCUUUGCUGAGCCCUACGACGUCCACACCUCUCUUAAGGACCUCGUCCUGCAUUACCGCCUCAACUCCCUGGCACAGCACAAUGACGCCCUGGACGUGCGGCUGGCGUUCCCAGUCAGCGCCACCGUCCCAGCACCCUCCCCCCACACGGGAGAACACAAACUCCUACAGACUCCGAAACACACUGCUGGACUCACUCCGGCUGCACCAGAGAUGUAGAUGGGACAGACGGAUCGAAGGAUUUGCACUAGAUUGAUUCCAGUCGUUUUUCGUGAAUGUGAUUUCACUGAUCGAGGGUGAGCGGAACUUGAAUGUCAGCUUGAACUUUUUUUUUUACAUAUAUUUUUUUUAAGAGUAUAAUGAUUUUGUUUCAUUGUUUGGAAAAAUAUUUUUGACUUUUCUGUCUUGUUUCUGUGUGUUAAAUGGGUCAAAGGGAUGUUUUAUGGACACGUGUGAAAUGCUCAUAAGGUGCUUUUCUUAACUUUGACUAAUAGCCUCCACAUUUUGACAACUCAAAAAAUAUUGUGCUAAUGGCCAUGCAAGACCAUGUUGGUCUUUACAUAUUUACAAACCAACCAAUUCCGGAAUGUCAACGGUGCUAAAAUUAUGUUAUGAUUCAGUCACAUACAGUAACUGUGGUGGACCAAACUUUUUAGGUAAAUACCACAAAUGUGUAUUUAAAGGGUUAUGGUGUUGUCAGAAGUGCCCCUUGUUAGAAGCUUUAGAUGAUCACUGACAGACAAUUAUGUAGCAUUAAUGUACCAGUUAACCAAAGCACUUAUGAGCAAUGCUGCAUCCCUCAUAACAUUUUAUUAAAAUUUUAAUGUAUAGGGAGGGACAAAUCACACAACUGACGUGCAGAUCAAAACAUAAACUGAAGUACUGUAUGUUAUAUCCUGUUACUCAAAGAAGUAUAAGCUUUUUUGUAUUCUAUAUAUAUUUUUUCUAAAACACGCCACAGAAGAAGAAGCUUGAAGUAAAGUGCAAUCCAACAGUGUUGUUCUGUGAUGCUAGUAUGGUAGGGGUAACGUUUGACGCAUAAAUGCACUCUCUAUGGUGGCGUUGAUAAGAUGAUGUGACCUAGUAUGUCUUUGGGUUAACUGCCAGAGGUCUGGAAAUGUCCUGUCUCCAUUACUUGAACUGUUGCAUUGCAAAAAGCUAUAGAUGUUCUUCAUGACAUGUAGCCCACAUAGUUAAGAGGAAAGGUAUCCAUAUUGUUCUUGGCACAUUUUUUCAAGUUUGAGGACAAUAGACUCUGUACUGAAGAACUGUAAAACCUGUUUUUGCAGUUGGACGAUGGAGGUUGACAUCUAACCUUUUCUUCCUGAG